AUGGCAUCCGCAGUGUCUAGCAUCCCGUCGGCCCAGGCCGCUGCCGUCACCAAUGCCGUGUCCUCGUCUUCACGCAAGCCUGCAUCAACGAAUGCUGUCUCGUUAACGUCAACCUUCCUUCACUCGUCAAAGCCGAUUACGGCCGUGCGCAAGCUAUGCGUUUCUCGCAAGGGAGUCUCCGUACGUGCCAUGGUGGCUUCGACCGACGCUGUUUCCUUCUCAGCCAAGGAGAUGGAGCGAGUUGCAGCGAAAGAGGCUCUCCUUCUCGCGGUGAAGGACGCGGGUGGCGCGGAGGCCUUGAGCACAGGAAAGGGCAAUGCGGCCGGGAAGAUUGAGGUUAGCGAGAAGCUUCUGCAGCUGGAACGUCUUAACCCCACACCACGACCCACUACGUCGCCUCUCUUAGACGGAACGUGGGACAUCGUGUGGGCAGCCACUCGCAACCCAGGUGUCAUCGCCACUCGAGUGCUUCUCAAGCGCUUCCCAACGCAGGUGGCAUCACUGGAGUCACUGCAAGUGCAGAUCUUGGAGGGUUCCACCAAAGUGACGGCUGGCCUCAAGUUUCUUACCGCGGCUGAGACUUCAGUCACUGUGACAACUCGUCUGGCCGUUGAAGGCCCUGUCAGAAUCAAGGAAGAGUACGCUGAAGCCGUGGUGGCUACCCCUGUGGUGCCGGAUGGCAGCAUCCCGUCAGCCCUCAAAGGUGUCUUUGAUCAGCUAGCUUCUGCCAGUCAAUCACUCCCUGCUGCUCUGAAGGACUCUCUUUCUUCAGGCCUCAAGCUCCCGCUCAGUGGCAGAUAUCAGAGGGAGCUGAUUAUUUCGUACCUUGAUGAUGAAAUUCUGGUGGUCCGAGACCAAGCUGGACUGGCUGACGUGUUGGUGCGAGCCGCAAGCACUUCUACCCCCCCCCCUCUUGGAGAUGAGACUGAAAUCGAUGAGCCAACAGAGUAG